AUAUCCUGUGAGCUGCCUUACGAGCAACAUGACCGGCAGCCACAUUUGUUGUAAUUUUUUAAAUAUGUGGAAAAAAAGCAAGAUAUCGACCAUGUAUUACCUUAACCAAGAUGCCAAAUUAUCUAACUUGUUUCUCCAGGCGAGCAGCCCGACCACAGGGACAGCUCCCAGGAGCCAGUCAAGGUUGUCUGUCUGUCCAUCCACUCAGGACAUCUGCAGGAUCUGUCACUGCGAAGGGGAUGAGGGGAGUCCGCUCAUCACGCCCUGCCGCUGCACGGGCACCCUGCGCUUCGUGCACCAGGCCUGCCUCCACCAGUGGAUCAAAAGCUCCGACACGCGCUGCUGUGAGCUGUGCAAGUACGACUUCAUCAUGGAGACCAAGCUCAAGCCCCUCCGCAAGUGGGAGAAACUGCAGAUGACCAGGAGUGAGAGGAGGAAGAUAUUCUGCUCUGUCACCUUCCACGUCAUUGCCAUCACCUGCGUGGUCUGGUCUUUGUACGUGUUGAUUGAUCGGACAGCAGAGGAAAUCAAGCAAGGCAAUGAUAAUGGUGUCCUUGAAUGGCCAUUUUGGACAAAACUGGUUGUGGUGGCCAUCGGCUUCACGGGAGGUUUGGUCUUCAUGUACGUACAGUGCAAGGUCUACGUUCAGCUGUGGCGCAGGCUGAAGGCCUACAACCGUGUGAUCUUUGUGCAGAACUGCCCCGACACGGCCAAGAGGCUGGAGAAGAACUGCUCCUGCACGGUGAACACGGAUGCCAAGGACGCCGGGGCAGUAGUGCCUGCCUUACAAACGGGGACCAACGCACUGCCACCUUCAGAGGGCGGCCCCCCCGAAGUCAUACCUGUGUGAUGGGGCCAGCCGGGAGCGUGUCACUGGAGUAUCGCCUGGCCCUCAGCCAUUACAAGUGACAGAAGUGAUCCUGAGUUAGUCACCCUCAUUAUCUUCUCUCCUCUUUCUGACUCAUUUGUCCUUUCUUUGCUCAAAAAGAAAGGAGAAGAAACACCAAAUGAUCAGGAUCCCAUGAAGCAGUCUCAAGUGUGAAGAGAAAAUGUGAAAAGUUGGCUGGAGAACGAUUUGUGAGACAAGGACCGCUGGAGCAAGGAAUGCUUUCAGGCAAUGAGGGGAGACUAACUGGACAGACCCAUGAGUCUUCACAGUAACAGGGCAAGGUCAAGAAUACAGACUUGAAUUGCAAUAUGUCUUUCUUCUAGGGCCUUGUAAUGUUAACUCUCUCAUCUGGAAAUGACAAACACAUUUGGUUUUAAGCUUGAGGCACAUCAGAAGCAAACUCAGAAGAUGCAUAUUUUGAUAUUCAUACUUUGACAGCUAACAGGUUUUAUGGCUAUAGUGGAGUCCAGUUGUUUUGACAGAUGCAUGUUUUUAAAAUAGAUGCAAUACACAUUUCAAGAUAUUAAUACUUGGAAUUAUGUUCAAAUCAUGAUUUUUGGGUUUAAUUAGCUCUGUUAAAUACCCACAGAAGCCUUGUAUACUCCACCUGGACCCUCUAAAACAGUGUUGUCCAACAGAAAUAUAAUGUGAGCCACAAAUGAAGGCCACAUAUGCAAAUUUAGAUUUUCUAGUAGCCCCAUUAGAAAAAGUAAAAAUAGGUGAAAUGAAUUUUGAUAAUAUAUAUUAUUUAACACUAUAUAUACCCAAGUUAUCAUUUCAAUGUCAUCAAUAUAAAAAAAGUAUUGAGUUAUUUUACAGCUCUUUUUAUGAACCAAGUCUUCAAAAUCCAGUAUGUUUACAGCAUAGCUCAAUUUGAAUUAAACUUAUUGGCUAGUGCAGCCCUAAAAUUAGAGACAAAGCCUCUGCUUCAUUUAACAAUUGAAUCUUUCAAAACAGCAGCUUAAUUCACUUUUAUUCAAAGUAUCACAAAUACUAUUUUACAAAGCACUAAAUUAAUCAAAUUAAAUAUCUUGGUUAAGAGUUAGGUGAAGUUACCAUUUCUCUAAAGGGUGAAAAAACAAAACUACAAAGCAAUCUGCCUGUGGUUAAGUUCUGAAAUUAACUUAUUUGCUACUAUGAAGCACUUAUAAUAGGGAAAAUAAUUUACAAACGUACCUUUUUUUUUAUGAGGUGUCAACUUGACAGAUGAGUAGUUAUGACCAAGCAUUAGACUGUAUUUUAAAAAGCUGACAGUAUUUCCCUUGCUCAGCUGGGAGGCAAAAAUAUUCAACAGAUUCUGUGCUAAGUAAUAAAUUGAAUUGUUUAGGUUUGACAGUUCAGUUGAUUAUUGUAUUCUUUGCAUAUUCAUGUAAAACUGAAGUGUGAAUGACAUAGCAGUGAGCUAGAUUAAUGAUUAUAAAUAUAGUGUGGCCUGUUAAAGAGAGAUGUCUUACAUAAAAUGAGGUGAUUUAUUUUUGCUAGCUGUCGUAUUUAUUAUUGUGAAAAGGCAACCGUGAUGGCCAUAGAACCAAAGCAUGGGUAUCGUAUUGCACAAAUCUGGGUAUCACAUUGAUGCACUUUGUAAUUGUCAGUGGGCUUUUUCAAAACUCACACGUUACCAUAGGGAAAGAAAAGAGAAAUAACCUUUUACUGAAGAGAAGUCUGAUUCGAUAUGAGUAGUGGCUGACACUGAGUCCAAAUAGUCCCAGUUCCUAGAAAUAAAGCAAAGGUCAACAGUAUCAACUUUGUGUGUGUGUGGCAUGUGUUUGUUCCUGUAUAUACAUGAGAAAAACGUCAAGGUAUUCAGUCAGGCAGGAAACAAAAGGUUUAAAACCCAUCUUUCUUAAAACUUGCUGUAGGAGUGCGGAAUGAAGGCACAGGAAAAACUAAGUUGAGGCAACUAAACUGGACCAAAAUUUCUGCACAAAUAAAGACAUAGUGGUGUAAUUAAAAAUAUAUGAAGCUUAAACAACCUGGACUUUGUAUUAACUC